AUGUCCUCGUCAACCUCGUCGUCGAGUGUUUCGGCAUUCGUCACUAACUUGAUUGUUAACGGAAUCGUGUUCGCUGUGUUUCUGGUGAUCUUCGUGGUGAUGAAGCCUAGAGAGUCCAGGGUGUACCAACCCAGGCGGACUGUCGAGACUGUUCCUGAGGAUCUGAGAGCUGAUGAACAGCCCCCUGGAGCAUUUGCCUGGCUGUCUGCUCUCUGGAACAAGCCAGAAUCUUAUAUUUUGGAGAAAGCCGGUCCAGACGGGUUUUUCUUCCUUAGAUACCUGUUCAUCUUUGGAUCCCUCUCAAUUUUGGGUGGCUUUAUUCUAUGGCCUUUGCUGUUUGCAAUCAACGCCACUGGUGGGGGCGGCGGUAGUGGAUUCGAUAUAAUUUCCUACUCCAAUGUUACGAACAACAAGUGGAAGUUCCUGGCCCACAUCUUUUCUUCCUGGAUCUAUUUUGGAAUCGUCAUCUACACUAUUUAUAAAGAGCUGAUCUUUUACAUUUCGUUCAAGCACUCUUUGCAAUCCACGCCUUACUAUGAUUCGUUGCUUAGUUCGCGGUCAAUGCUCAUUGACAACUUGCCAAGUAAUCUUCAGACCGAAGGCGAGUUGAAGGCACUUUUCCCUGCCGCCACGCGCAUUUUCUUCACAAGAAAUUACAAAGAAUUGCAGAAGUUGGUUAAGGAGCGCACCAAGCUUGCUGGAAAGUAUGAAGGAGCUUUGAACACGGUUAUCAUCAAAUCUGUCAAGAUGAGAGCUAAGGCCUUGAAGAAGAACAAGGAGACUCCUCAGCCUGAGAACCAAUUGUCUGCUUAUUUCACCGAGAAGAAGCUGCCCCACCACAGAUUGAAGUACCCAUUGAUCGGAGAGAAGGUCAACACCAUUGACUAUGGUGUGGAACGUAUCGGCGAGCUCAAUGAGGAGAUCAAGAAUGACCAGGACAAUUAUGAGACUGCUGAGAAGAACGGUUCUGCUUUUGUGGAGUUCAACUCUCAGCUUGAGCUGCAAAGAGCAUAUCAGGCCGUUCCAUACUCCAAGGACCUCAAGCUUUCCAGAGCAGUUGUGAAUGUUGGACCAGACGAUAUCAUCUGGGAAAACCUUGGCACCAGCUUUGCUACUAGAAAGGUUAAAUACGCUCUUGCUGCUACCGUUUUGACAUUGACCAUCAUCUUCUGGUCUAUUCCUGUUGCCUUUGUUGGUUUCAUAUCCAACAUCAACUGGUUGACCGAUAAGCUGAAAUUUCUCAAGUUCAUCAACAACAUGCCUUCGCAGCUGAUGGGUAUCAUUACUGCUUUGCUUCCUACUGUUUUGUUGGCCGUUCUCAUGAUGCUGUUGCCUCCCUGGAUCAGAAAGUGGGGUAAGGUGUCUGGAAUUCUCACCGUUCAACAGUUGGAUGGCUGGACCCAGAGUUGGUUCUACGCCUUCCAGGUGGUCCAGGUGUUCUUGGUGGCCACUCUAGCCUCUUCUGCUUCUUCCACUGUAUCUGCCAUUCUCAAGGAUCCAGGUUCUGCCAUGACUCUGCUCUCCAAGAACCUGCCAAAGGCUUCCAACUUCUAUAUCUCGUAUAUGCUGUUGAAGGGUCUUUCUGUCUCUUCUGGUGCUUUGGCCCAAAUCGUUGCUCUUAUUCUCUCCAAGUUCCUCGGAAGAUUGUUGGACAAGACUCCACGUAAGAAGUGGAACAGAUACAACAAGCUGGGAGCUCCAAGUUGGGGAACUACUUACGGUAACUACGAGUUGUUCACUGUUAUCAUGGUCUGUUACGCUAUCAUUGCACCAAUCAUUAUUGCGUUCACUGCUGUUGCCUUCAUUUUGAUCUACAUUGCCUACCUCUACAACCUAACCUAUGUUCAGGGCCAUGCUGCUUUCGAUGCCCGUGGUCGUCACUACCCAAGGGCCUUGCUGCAGACCUUUGUUGGUCUCUACGUGGCUGAGGUAUGUCUGAUUGGAUUGUUUGUAAUGCCAAAGAACUGGGCCUGUGUUGCCUUGGAGGUUGUGAUGUUGGUGGCCACUGUUGCCGCUCACGUCUACUUUAGAUGGAAGCUUGAGCCACUGUUCGAUGCUGUCCCUCUUAGUGCCAUCUGUGGAAGUGCGGGCGUUCCAUACUCUACUACAUAUGACAUGAAGGACCAGGGUCUUAAAGAGAUUUCUACUGAAGGAAAGAACUUCUUCAUUGACAGACCUAAGGAGGAAGUUGAGUCUAAGCCUAAGACGGAGGAGGGCCCAAUCCACGACAUCUCUACUGAGAAGAACCCAUUUGAGCCUUCUGCAUCUGUGUUCUCGGACGAGACUAAGAAUGCCACCCCAGGCCAGAUUGUGAAUGUUCCUGGCGAAAAGGACGAAGCCUUGUUCCGCGAUGCUUCAGAUGAAGUGUACAUGAGCUCUGAAUUGCCCAUUUCGCCAACUUUCUUUGCCCGUUACACCAAGCCAAGACAGAUUCUCACUUUGGACUUUUUCAGAGGCAGAAUCCUGCCAACCAGCUGGCAAAGAACCGUUUCUUACGACCCUGCGUUCCUCGACAGAAGUUUUGUUGAUCCAGCGGUGAGCAACGAGGCCCCUCAAAUCUGGAUUCCAAGGGACAACUUAGGUUUGGCCAAUGAGCAGAUCGAAAAGGCAGAGGGCAAGGUCGAUGUUUCUGAUGAGAACGCGUUCAUUGCUGACGACGGAGUUGUCAGAUGGACCGGACCUCCACCAGACUAUGAGGAGGCUGUCAAGCAGUAA